GUCCUUACUUUCCAAAAUCAUCAUCUCACUCUCAGUUCUUACUCUCACUCUCUCCUCUCAGUCUCAUGAUCUCUGCUCUUCGCCGAUGUUCACCCUUCACCGAUCAUGCUCGUCGUCGAUCUUUGCCUCUCCGUCAUUGAUCUGUGCUCUUCGUCUUCAACCUUCGCUCUUCGUCCGCAACGUCCCAGCUCGUCUUCGCCUCCAUCUCUCAAAUUCAAUCUUUCUAUUUCAUCUCUUAGGUUCGGUUAUUUGUGGAUCUGUUCUUUGGGUUUUUGUUCUUUGGAUUUGUGGAUGUUCUUUGGGUUGUAGAUCUAUUGAUUUUGUUCUUCAGGAAUUAAACUUCAGUGUUUGAUCUUUGUAUUUCGAUCGAAAUCAAAGCCGAUUGCCGCCCACCUGAGCCCGAUUCGACUCGAUUGGUGGCUUUUCGUGGUUGGUGGCAGGUCUGAAACUUCUCCACCCGAUUUGAUCGGGUCGAUUACAGGUUGGGUACAAACCCGACCUGGACCGACUUGUGGAUAGCCCUAACUUGAAUCACUAUUUUUAAUUUGACAAUUGUGGCUUUAAAGUCAUUGUUUUUUUUUUGGGGUUGUGUGUUAAAACCGUGUAAAUAUGUGUAAUAAACACUAUUUGUGAUCGAAAUCUAUUUUGUUUCUAAGAAAAUAAUUUCUUCAUUUUUUGAUGUUCGGGACUAGGGUUGUCCACAAGUCGGGUCGGGUUGGUUUUCUACCCAGCUCGAACCCGACUAGCCGGUUUCCAGGUGGAAAGAAGAGUGACCCAAAACUGACUACCGGCGUCAAUCGGUCGAUUCGGGUUUGGGCUCGUUUGGAGAUUGGGUUUGUCGGUCGGUUUCAGGUCAUUGCCGGAGUUUUAAAAGUCAUCGACAUUUGAAAAAAAAAAAAGCACCGGAAUCUAAAAAAUUGUCACCGAAAAAUGUAUAAACUCACCAGAUCUGCAUCAAAAUCGCCAAGCCUCUUCUCAAAAUCGUUGAAAUCUGUUCGGAAUGGCCGGAUCUAGCUAAAUCUCACCAAAUAUGGUUGAGAACUUGCUGGAUCUCCUCGAAUUUGAGCUCGAUUUCGCCGGAUUUGUAUAUAACCUCCGUCAGGUCAGGUGGCUCGGGUUUUGGAGAAGAGAACCCGCCACUCGACCCACCAACGUUGGGCCUAGGGCGCAAAAACCCGAAACUAACCGGCGAUAGCGUUGGUUCGGGUUGAAAUCGGGUGGAGAUCGGGCGGGUUGGUUGGUCCGGCGAGUCGCGGUCAAUUCUGGACACCCCUAUUCGGGACAUAGAAAGGGCAAUAUUUUUUGAUGGUGUCCAAAAAGCCAACUCCUUACUCGUCCAUGGAUGUCGUCCAUGAAAAGGUUACGUCGUCCUAAUUUUGCAAGGUAGGCUACAUUACUGUCGUCCAUAGAGUCUCGUCCAGGAAGUACUCAGGACGAGGGCAAGGCAGUUUUGACAAAGAUAACCGCUAUAGCGGUUAUCAAACUGUACACUCCGGACCCCGUAAAAUUGGGGGAGGUUAUCCAACGGAUAACCGCUCCCUAAACCUAUAAAUAGAGAUGAGUCUCCGACAAGAAAAUGCAGAGUAUUUCUUCUUUACAGACAAUAUUUUUCUAUUAAGAGGAGAGUUACUAACUUCAUCAUCGGAGGAGUUUUGACCGGCCAACCCCGGUCUCCUCUAACCUUCUAUUUCUUAUCUUUCAGGCCCUCAACAUCAUCGUGAUCCGUGCUGUUCAACUAACUGAUUCCUUGAUCGCUAUCAGUUUGGCGCCGUCUUUGGGAAGUCAUUCUUCUCUUUGACAAAAAGUUGAUGGUACGGACUAGAUCGAGGGCUACCAGCCCAGGCCGUCAGGGAAGCAGAGAUGCUUCCAGCAACCCUCACCGUGAUCGCCAAUCCGCACCGGUCAUGCAGAAUUCAUCUGUCCAAAACGUACAAUCCAUGGCGGCCGCAGUGGCGGAGUUGACUCGCCAAAACCAAGAAUUAAGAAUGGAGAUUAAUCUAAGGAGGCAGACGCAUGAAGAACGUGAGGGUGGAGGACAAACGCAGAGUCGUGAUGACAGAGAGAACACUGAGAUUGGAAGUCAAUUAAGAGGUACCACUUCACGAGCGGUGCCACAUUUGAAGGAAGAGAUGGACCAGAUGAGAAGAGUCAUGGAGGAAAUGAAAGAAAAUAUGAGAAGGACAAAUCCUAUAGAAGACCUGGUCCACUGAAUUGAUUCCCCCUUUACGGCUUCCAUCAACGGUCACCCUCUACCAUCGAAGUUUAAGAUGCCUUCUCUGGAUUCGUACGACGGAACACGAGACCCGUUCGAUCACAUUGCUACCUUCAAGACCACCAUGCAUCUCCAAGGGGUUCCAGACGAAAUAAUGUGCAGAGCAUUCCCUACUACCCUCAAGGGCCCAGCACGAGUUUGGUUCAGCAAAAUACCCUCGAAUUCGGUGAGUUCUUUUGAAGAGUUGAGCAAAUUGUUUGUUAACAACUUCAUAGGAGGACAAAGACAUAAGCGUUCCUCGUCCAGCCUAUUGACCAUAGAGUAGGGAGAGAACGAGAGUUUACGGUCGUUCAUCACCCGUUUCAACAGAGAGGCCCUGAGUGUGGACGAAGCAGAUGAUAAGCUCUUGUUGGCGGCUUUCCAUAAUGGGGUGAAUUCGGAUCUGUUCAUUCACAAACUCUAUGAAAAAGAACCCCAGUCUAUGGCAGAACUUGUCCAUUCGGCACAAAAUUUUAUGAAUGCAGAGGACGCAAUCAUUGCUAAGAAGAGGAAGAGGUCUGAGAGAGUAGACGCGAAUCCCGGUCGCCACUUAGAGCAAGGCCUUCGUCCAAAGAAGGGAUGGACGGAAGACAGGAAAGACCGAGACAUUAAGAAGCCGGGCUCUUCAGCACGGAACCAGCAGUAUACCUCUUUGAACGUCCCACUUGAGCAGGUCUUAAUGCAGAUCAAGGAUGAUCCUUCCUUGAAGUGGCCGGAGAAAAUGAGGGGAGAUCCCAACAAACGCAAUCGGAACAAGUAUUGCCGCUUCCACAGGGAUCAUGGUCACGAUACAGACGAGUGUUUUGAUUUAAAGCAGCAAAUAGAAAAUCUCAUCAGGCAAGGGAAGCUGAAGAAUUUCCUUGGACGAGAUAACAGGGACGAGAAAAUGAAAGGAAAAAUGGAAGAAUCAUCACGGCCACCACUCGGAGAAAUAAGAGUCAUUAUAGGGGGAAGUUCGACAGGCCAGUCAUCCAAGUCCAAGAAAGCAUAUUUGAAGGUAGUGCAGAGUGUCCAGCUUUUUGGACGAUCACCGAGAGCAAGGACUACGGACGAAGCAACGAUAACCUUCACGGACGAAGACGCUGAGAGAAUUCAUCACCCCCAUGAUGAUGCUCUCGUUAUCACCUUAAUGAUUACCGACUACACAACUAGAAGGGUGCUUGUAGACAACGGAAGCUCGGCGGACAUUUUGUAUUUUCCAGCUUUUCAACAAAUGAGGCUAGGACGAGACUGGCUCCGUCCAGUGAACUCCCCCCUAGUAGGUUUUGGUGGCAUGAAGGUACAACCCGUGGGUACCAUUUCCUUGUCAGUGGUAGUGGGGGCAUACCCACGACAAGUCACCAAGGAUGUGAACUUCCUUGUGGUAGAUUGUCCGUCCUCCUACAAUGCCAUAAUUGGACGACCAACUUUGAAUAGUUGGAAGGCUGUUACCUCUACUUACCACCUAUCAGUUAAGUUUCCAACAGAACACAGAGUAGGGCAGGUGCAAGGGGAUCAACUGGCAGCAAGAGAAUGUUACUUGGCCAUGUUGGCCAUGGACGAGCAAAUUCAAGCCAUGAAUAUUGAAGAAAGGAGAAUGGUAGCAGAGCCUACCGAAGCAUUAGAAGACAUUUCCCUGGACGAAGAAAACCCUGAGAAGUGUACCAGGGUUGGAGCAGAUCUAGAAGAGAAGAUUAAGGAGGACCUCGUCCACUUUUUGAAGAAAAAUAUUGAUGUGUUCGCAUGGAGUCAUGAGGACAUGCCGGGUAUAGACCCUAGUGUCAUUACCCACUGACUGAAUGUAUGCCCUUCCUCCAAGCCAGUACGGCAAAAGAAGAGGGUGUUUGCCCCUGAGAGAAAUGAUGCUAUCAAAGACGAAGUUCAAAAACUGAUGGGGGCGAGGUUUAUCCGGGAAGUGUACUACCCAGACUGGUUGGCAAAUGUUGUAAUGGUCAAGAAGGCAAAUGGAAAGUGGAGAAUGUGCGUGGAUUUUACCGACUUGAACAAGGCUUGCCCAAAGGAUAGUUAUCCACUGCCACGCAUUGAUCAAUUGGUGGAUUCAACUGCGGGCCACAAGUUGCUUAGUUUCAUGGACGCUUUUUCAGGAUACAAUCAAAUAAGGAUGGACGAGGCAGAUCAGGAGAAAAUAUCCUUUGUCACUAGUCAAGGCUUAUUCUGUUAUAAGGUGAUGCCGUUCGGCCUAAAGAAUGCAGGGGCCACAUAUCAGAGAUUGGUCAAUCACAUGUUUCGACAGCAGAUUGGGCGGAAUGUGGAAGUCUAUGUAGACGACAUGCUGGUAAAGAGCCAGGACGAAGGAAGGCAUCUAGACGACCUGCAAGAAACAUUUGACACGCUGAGGCAGUAUCACAUGAAGCUGAAUCUUAGUAAAUGUGCUUUCGGAUUAUCAUCAGGGAAAUUUCUUGGCUUUAUGGUCUCCCACAGGGGGAUUGAAGCGAAUCCUGACAAAAUUCAAGCAAUACUAGACAUGAAGCCUCCGCAGAAUACAAAGGAGAUCCAAUCUCUUACUGGACGAGUCGCUGCACUCAACAGGUUUAAAGACUAUAGCAUCUGUUUUCGAUCCAUAAAGAAAGAAAGAUUUUUUCUAAGUCCACUCUGACUCUGGUUGGUUCCGCAUUUUGGGAGCCUAAACGCGCGAUUUUCUUUCCAAAGUCUUUUGUUGAUUGCUGAGACUCAUCUUUUUGGUCGUUACAUGUGAGAGAUAAGAUGCAAAAUUUUAGAACUUUGUAGUUAUUAUUCUGAUUGCCAAUAUAUAUAUAAUUCAUUUUAGUGUGA